AUGACUAACCUUGAUCUAACCGAAUGGUUCUCUGCAUUUAUUCAUAUUUUAUUAACUUAUACAUUAAUUACUCUUUUACAUCUUGCUGUUCCUGCUCAUCAUGUUCGUGGCUAUGUUCAUGAUGGUCCUAAAUUUUAUCGUCUCAAUGGUUUACGAGUUUUCUUUAUAGUUAGUCUUUCGUUCAUUAUUUGUAUUGGAUAUUUUCAAUAUCUUGAUAUUCAAUAUCUGAUUCAUCUUCGAAUGAAACAUUCUAUUUGCGCUUGUCUAUUAGGUUUAAUAUUUACAUUUCUUAUUGUACUUCCAUUUAAACAAAACUCAUCGUCGUUUUGGCUUGAUAUUUAUCUUGGUCGUUUAAAAAAUCCUCAAUUGUUUUCUAAUCGUACCGAUGGAAAAAUUCUACUCUAUCUUAUAGGUGGAAUAGGAUUAGAACUUAAUUUAAUUCUAUUCUAUUUUCAAUAUGCACAAGAAAAUAAACCCAUGACAAAUAUAAUGGUUUAUGUUAUUCUAUUUAGUUUUUUUACAAUAGAAUAUUUUUAUCAUGAAUAUGUUCACUUGUAUACAUUUGAUUUUAUUGUUGAAUAUGUUGGUUUUAAAUUAGUUUGGGGUUGUCUUGUAUUCUAUCCUUUUUUCUAUCCAAUCACUAUUUGGUGUCAAAUUCAUCCAACAUCGUUGUCUUUUACUCGACAAUGCUUUAGUAUUACGGUUUUUUUUCUUGGUUGGAUAUUAUCGCGCGGGGCAAAUAAUCAAAAAUAUUUAUUUCGAACACAACCAAAAGCAAGAUUUUUAGGUGUUUUUCAACCGGUAUCAAUCAAUGGACGUUUACUUUGUUCAGGAUGGUGGUCUAUUUCACGUCAUAUUAAUUAUUUAGGUGACACUUUAAUGGCAACUGGUCUUAGUCUAGCUAUCGAUGGAGGAAUAUAUCCAUGGUUAUAUCCAUUGUAUUAUGUAGCAUUAUUUAUCGCUCGAGAGAGAACUGAUUAUGAGAGAUGUCAAGAGAAAUAUGGGCGUGAUUGGGAGGAAUAUUGUCGACGUGUUCCUUAUAGAAUCAUUCCAUUUUUAUAUUAA